AUGGCGCGCGUUCACGCCCUCGCGCUCGCCGCGGUGGCGCUGCUGUGCACCGUCUCCGUCGCGAACGCGGCGACGACCGUGACCGCCUUCGCGGUCGAGGGCAACUGGGCGAACUCGUACUGGGGCACCCCCGACAACGUGGCGACGAAAUGCGGCACGACGACGAACAUGUUCGACCCAGUCGGGGCGGAAUGCAAGGCGUGCCCGACCGGCUACAGCGUCCGCCCCGACGGCCUCGAGUGCGAGGCCACGCGCACCUCGGGCGCCAUCCAGAUUUUCGGCUCCGGGACGACACCGUAUCGGACCACUCUCAGCUGCGCCCCGAACGCGGUGUCCUGGGACGGAACCACGUGCCUGACGUGCGACAAUACUGCCGCUAACGCGGUGAUCUCGGGUAGUACCGUGGCGUACACCGGCACCACGGGGACCGCCACGAACGGCGAGUGCGUCUGCGCCGGUGCUGGCACCAUGAUCGUCGAGUUCGACGCCCUUGGCCAGCGCCUUAAGGACGGGUUGGGCAAGCCGACGAAGAAUUGCGUGACCGCGACGGAGGACCCGUCGGCGAAGGGUAGGGCCUUCCAGUGCCCGUGGUCCUCGACAGACGCCACCACGAUGGUGCAAAAGACCGCGGGGGCGGGUUCAACGGACCAAAACCUGUGCACGUGCUCGACGCACGGCUCGGCCAACUGCUUGAGCGGUCAAUUGUCGACGGCUUACUCGGGCGCGGUCGCCACCGCGCUCUCGGUGACGCUCUCGUCGUCCUCGUACCAGAUUUCCUACACCGAUCUCGGCGCGUCCUCGAGCUCGGUCACGGCGACGAGCGCGUACCUCACCUCGAACCUCACCGCGAUGGCGGGCGACUGCUACUACUACGCGAACCGAACCGCGUGCGACUCGCUGACGAACAUGUGCGUCUUGACGAUGUACGACACGACCUCCACGGCGUGUUCGAUGUAUUCGGCGCUCGUCACCUUGCGCAAGGCGAACGUGUACCACAGCACGCUGAGCCCGUCCGUGGGGUGGUCCGAGACGAUGCCGUGGCUCUUCUACGACACGACGAACGACUACCUCACGCGUACGGACUUCGCGUCCACGGCGAGCUUCAAGGCGCCGAGCGACACGGCGUCGAUCGCCAACCUCGUCUUCGUGCUCUCGAUCACGACGCUGAGCGGGCAGUGGCUCGGGUUCCGCGAAGUCGGGAGCUGGCUUCAGCUCUGCGGCGGGAGAGAAGACGACAUCGAGGAGUGGACGCGCAUCGGGACGAACUACUACAACGACUGCACGAUGAGCCUCGCGGAAGUGCUGACCGCCGCGCGCGUGUUCGGGACGUCCGCUGACCAGGCGAAGGAGACUUUGUUUUACGACUUGUACGUGCAAGACCUCGCCGGGAGCGCGGCGACGGCGUCGACGUGGCCGGAGGAUCUGUACCCCGUGCCGAUCAAGGUGACGAACAUCGCGGUGAACUCGAACGCCGCGAGCACGGACGACCUGUACGUCCGACGGUUCUUCAUGCUCGACGAGACAGCCGGCGUGGAAACCUGGGGCUCCACCGCCGUCGGUAUCACGUACGCCGCGACGCUGGAGUUUUCAAUCACGCUCCAGUCCGAGGACGUCACGAAGAUGUACGCCCCCGUGUUGACGGUCACGUACGCCCAGCGCGUGCCGAGCUACGCGUACACGACCGAAGAGUCCAUCUCCUUCCGGACGACGUACAGCGACGCCGGGAUCACGUUUUGGAGCACGUGGGAAGAUUUGAUGAUCUCCAUCAUGGUCAUCUUUGGCGUGCACUGGAUGACGCGCGUCGUUCGCACGUCGAGAAGGAGGCAAGUCCGCGACCAAGACACGAUGGCGCUCGUGUCCGGGAUUUGCACCGCGGCUGGACACGUCAGCGCCGGGUUCGUCGUCGUCCUGCUCAUGGCGGGCGGGUACUGGUUCAUCUUUUUCAAGUGCCAAGAAGACCCAUACACGAUGAUCCCCGUCGAUUCGGACACCAACGUGAAGCUGUUCAAGGAGCUCCUCGUCGUCGCCGUCUCUCUCGCGUCCGUGUCCAUGGCGCACACGCUGUACUGGCAGUGCAACUACGACGUGUUCUUUCUCGAUUGGGAAAAGCCGCGGACGACGACCACGGCGGGGGGCAAAAACACGUCCACGCCGGUGUCGGCGUGGAGGCAGUUCUUCAUCGCCAACGAGUGGAACAAGAUCCAAUCGAAGCGACUCACGAGCCGCCCGCUGACGUUGCUUUUCAUGAUCUUGUUCCUCGAGGGGUUGAACUACAAAGGCCUCGCGGUGAUCGAGCCGACGUUGAACACGGACGAAUACCUGUACUACCAGGUCCAAUCCGUGAUGCUGCGGUACGCCCUCGGUGCGGGUCUCAUGAUCCUCAUCGCGAUCGGACAGAUGGUUUACAAGAUCGUGUUCUAUCACAACUACGUGCAGAGCCCGAUGCAGCAGUUCAUCGACCUCCUCGCGACGUCGAACGUCUCGAUCGUCAUCUUGGACGACGAGUGCUCGGGGUAUUACAUCCACGGCCGGUCGCAGAUGGCGUUCGCGGACACGUCCAUGGCGGAGCUGUGUCACCAGUUUAGGAAAGAAGAAGAGAUGCAGGUUGGCGCGAGAGGGUUAGUACCCGCGGCGACGACGGAGAAGCUCGCGGAGAACCAGUGCUUCGAGAUGUUCAUCACGAAGGAGUUGCGAAUGGCGUACGAGAGCAAACUUCUGUCGAGGAUCAAAGAGUCCGUCGCCGUGUCGAGCGUCGGCGGCGGCAUGUUCACGCGCGCGAUGUCGAGGAUGAACUCCAACUCGUGGGGGAACAACAACAACAACGUGAACGGGUACGGCGGCGGGUACGGGAACGCCGGGUAUGGGAACGCGGUCGGCGGCGGUAUGGUGAACCGCCCGAGCGCGAUCGCGUCGGACGCCACGAUCGCCGCCGCGGAGGAGAUUUCCGACAUUUUCAAACAGCUCAUCAACUUCACGGAGGCAAACGCGGGGUCGUUCGUGCUCGAGAGGCCGUUCAUGGACAAGUUCACGGACAUGCCCCCGGAGUCGGUGAGCAUGAUGCAAGGCGCGUCGCCGAUCUUUUACCACGACUUUAAGAUGGCGUUCACGCGGGUGUUGUUUUACGGCAUCGAGUGGCAGCUGUUGAUCUUCGACGUGCUCGUGUUCACCGCAAUCGACAUGGAGGUCACGUCGUUCGCGAUCGCGGCGUUCUGCACGUGGGUCGUCGGCAUGGGCGUGGACGUGAUUCGAUCGACGUGGGGCGAGAUCAACAUCUCGCGGAAGAGCCUCAUCGAUCAGCGGUUUUUAAUUUAAACGCCGACGCGGCGGUCGCGGCCGAGGAGGAGAGGCGAGAGGACGGACGACGCGCACGUCGGGAUAGCGCCCGGCGGCGACGGACGUUCCUCUGCACUGUACAUAUCGAACAUCGGAGGUAAUACUCUCGAGAGGAAAUAUAAGUUUAUACUUCAGUU